ACUGCAAAGCCCCAAAUGGAGCCUUCUUCUCCACAAGCCCAAAAGAUGGACGACGUGUGGUCAUGGCUCACUCUUCUCCCAAGCCCUUCCGACUGGCCUUCCUCCCCUCCCUCCCUCCCCCUCGCCGCCUCCGCCGACCGCUCCAUCCUCCUCUCCGCCGACCGUACCGCCGGCUCCAACGCUGAGGCCCUUGCCACCUUCUCCAUCUCCCUCCACGGCUUCCCCCCCUCCAAUCCCGUCAGCACCAUCUGGGUCUCCGAACCCUUCCCCCUCACCUCCCCCUCCUCCUCCCGCAUCCUCCUCCUCCUCCAACUCCUCCACGAAGUCAUCUCCCCUCUCCCCCCCACCUCCUUCCUCCACUUCGACACCGCCUCUAUAAAGCUAGACAUGGUGCGCAUCUCCGACGCCAUCGCCGGCGCCGGAGAUGAGGCAGCGGUCUUCUUCGCCCUUGCGCUCCUCCUCCGGCUGUUCUGGCUUUGCGCCUACGAUGCGCCGGCAGAUGCCGGCUUCCUCUUCUUCCGGUCCCUAGGCCCGGCUCUCGAGCGAGCGCUCGACUGCCGCUGGGCCCUCCGCGGGUUCCUCCUUGCCGCAGGGCCCGACGCCGAGGAGCGCUUCGUGCGCUCCCUCGGCUACAUGCUCGCCAAGUGGUGCCUCCUCCGCGAGCUCCAGCCUGGCGCCGGCCGCCGCCUCCCGGCCACCUGCUGCCCCUCCUAUGCGGCCGAAGCCCACGGUCUCUGGGUCCUCAAAGGCUUCGCCCCGGUCAGCGCCAUGGCCCCGGUCGGCACCGCUUCUUUGGGCACGAAUCUUGAGGCGAAGGGGUCGGUCCUCCGAUAUGCGUUGGCCCACCAGCAACUGGAAGCCGUAGUCCAGCUAGAGUACACGGUCUGCUUGCGGGACCCACGGUUCAUCAAGAUAGGAGUACGUGUCGAUAAUAUAAGGCUCCACGUGGUGGGGCUUCGGUUUGGAAGGAGGAACGAAGAGGAGGAGAGCGAUGGCGUAGAGGACGAGAGGCACUUUCCGUCGAGGGUCCGGCUUUGGGUCGGACCGGAGGCCGGUGCGGCCUACGCGAUUGGUCCCAGCCUGGGCCGGUCAAGCGGGAACCCGGAGCGGGAGGUGGAGACGGUCCGGACCAUUACAGGGCGGUUCGGUGGCGCUAGGUCGAAAGCGCCGGGAAUUAAGGCCAAGGCGCGGACUUCGGCGAGGUCUCGGGGGCGGAGCUGGCGGUGGGAGCAGGAGGCGGAGGGGGGCGCUGGGGUGUUCGAUGGGGUGCUGUGCGACGCGUCGACGGGGGCGGAGGUGGCGGGGUGGAGGCCGGCGCGCGGCGGUGGAGGAGGAGGAGGAGGGGACCCGAGAGGUGGGAUGCGGCGGAGGUACAGGGAGAUGGAGGGGAGGGUGGUGAGGUGGAGGGUUGGGGGGAGGGUGUGGGUGAGCUAUUUUCCCAAUGAGGUGAAGACGAGUUACUACGAGACUAGAAGUGUGGAGUGGCGGGAGGAGGUGGAGUUGGCUCUGGUUGCUGGAGGUGAAAGUACCCGGGCGUGAGGGCUGGGAUGUUUCUUAAUAAACCAUAUACUGUAAAUUUUUCUAUUAAUAUUUAGGUUUGUCUAAACCAAUUUACAGAGAUGUUGGUUCUACAGAAUUUUGUUUAUUUUUUAUUUUGGAAUUUAUGGUUCAAUUAGCGUUUCUUGAUAUUUUUAUUCACCCAGUCUAAUCGAGGGCAUGAUCUUGCUAUCAAAUUAAUUAUGAAUAAUUUGACAAUA